AUCCCCCCUACUCCCAGACACAGAGCAGCCAGACUCUUUUCCAAUAAACUAUCAGCGAGUAAUUCACGCUUCGCUAAACUGAACAAAGAAGCCGACAUCGACUUGCCCACGAUUGACCAUCAGUUUCAACAAAUCACACCAAAUGCAGAUGGCGCUGCCGCUGCCCAGCAGCCCGGCACUGGACUUGAUGGGGAAUGACAGCCUGCAGGACUGGGAAGUGAUUGGUGGAGGGGGAUUUGGACAGAUCCACAAGGCCAGGCAUAUAAAGUGGAGGUUUGAUGUGGCCAUCAAGUUGCUGCAUUAUGAUGAUGGCUCUAGCACUUCCCUGCUUAAGGAGGUAAACAAUAUGCAGAAGGGAGGGAGCCCCCAUGUGGUGAGGAUUCUGGGGGUGUACCAGGGGUGCCCUCCAUCUCCAGGUAGAGGCCUCUCCACCCAGCUGGGUAUUGUGAUGGAGUUAAUGAAGAUAGGUUCACUGGCCACCCUCCAGGCCAGCCUCUCUGGCCCCCCACCCUGGCCCCUGGCCUUCCGCCUGGCCCACCAGAUCGCUCUGGGAAUUAACUUCCUUCACAACCUCCCUCAGCCACUUCUGCAUCGCGACCUGAAGCCCAAUAACGUCCUACUGGAUGACAACCUUAAUGCAAAGCUUACAGAUUUUGGCCUUGCUGAAGUCUCCCACAGUGCUUUGAAGACACACAGAGAGGAGCCUGGGACAGAAGGAGGCACUCUAAGCUACAUGCCCCCUGAGGCUUUUGAAUCAUCAUAUGAACCAACUCGAGCCACUGACAUCUACAGUUACGGCAUACUGCUGUGGUCCAUCUUCACUGGAAAAGAGCCCUAUUAUGCAGAUAACCCUCAUCUCCAGUCCAGUAUGUUGAGGUUCCGGGUCCCCUUGGGCGACAGGCCCCCUCUGGAGGCAGUGGACAGGGACCAGGCUAGUGGGCUGGGGGAGAUGGUGGACCUCAUGGUGAAUUGCUGGGACCAACAGCCUUCUAAUAGACCCCAUUUCCUGGAUUGCCUCACUGUGACAGAGAGAACAUAUGAGAGGCACAGGCAAUCAAUAAACGACGUUGUCCUUCAAGUGCUCCUUAAACUGGUACUUUACAAGACACUCUGAUUCAAAGCCUCCCGUUCUAUAUGUGUAACAUUCACUUAUAGCAACAUAACUGAACAACUCCUCAUUUUAGUGCUACCUUUUCCCUCCCUCCCUCCCUCC